CCGACCCCUCCCCCCCUCCCGCACGGGCACGGCCAUGCCCAUUCCGACACAGCUAGCUGAUAAUAUAGCUCCGCGCCUCCGCCCCCCGCGCUUUGCCGCUUUCCGGCCUGACAAAAUCCCGCGCCCUUUCUGCAGGCGUACGUCGGCACUGAAAGAAAGGAGGAGCCGAGGAGGAGGAGGAGGACGGGAAAGCCGAAAGGAGCUAUCCCUCCCUCCGGCCCCGGUGGACGGGCGAGGCGAGCCCUGCCCGCCUCGGAAUCUUGGCAUUUCUAGGGAUUCUGUCAUUCAUCCUGGUGUGUGGUGAGGUGAAUUCGAGUGAGCCAAGUGGUCUCGACUCUCGACUCUCUCGAGUGAGUGAGUGAUCGCCGCCUCGGCUUGCACGUGGCCACUCUCAAUGGACCUGAAGAGGACGCUUGACGUGGAGGAGGAGGUGGUGGACGGCGACGAGGACGAGCUCGCCUGCUGUCCCGACGCCAAGCGCCGCCGGACGUUCGUCGAUAGCUCGAUGCAGGAGGCCAUUGGCGCGCAGUACAUGCAGAGGCAUCUGCCCAAGCUGGAGCCAUUUCUGCGCAGAGUCGUGCAGGAGGAGGUGCACAAUGUUCUUAUCCGACACAUCGAUUCCGCACACAGGCUCCCGCUCCAGCUAAAGACAAGCAGCAAGCGGUACAAGCUGCAGUUCCAGGGAAACCUGCCGCAGACGCUUUUCACGGGCAACAGGGUGGAGGCGGAGAGCAAGCAGCCGCUCCGGCUAGUCCUGACCGACGCUACCACCGGCCAGACGGUCGCCUCCGGGCCCAUGUCCUCGAUGAAGGUCGAGCUCCUCGUCCUCGACGGCGACUUCAACGCCGACGAGCGGCUGGUGGAGCACAGCGAGAAGGAGUUCAGCGAGAGCGUCGUGUUCGAGAGGGAAGGCAAGAGGCCGCUCUUGUCCGGCGAGGUGGUGGUCGUGCUCGAGAAGGGCGCUGCCUCCAUCCGCGACAUCUCCUUCACGGAUAACUCCAGCUGGAUACGGAGCCGCAAGUUCAGGCUCGGCGCCAGGAUGUCCAGGGCUAGCUCCAUCGAAGAGCGGGUGCUGGAAGCCGUGAGCAACCCGUUCCUAGUGAAGGAUCACCGUGGAGAAGUGUACAAGAAGCACCAUCCACCUGCAUUAGCCGACGACGUGUGGCGUCUGGAGAAGAUCGGGAAAGACGGCGUGUUCCACAAGAAGCUGGCGGACUUCGGAAUCCACACUGUUCAAGACUUCCUCAGGAACCUGGUGAUGGAUCAGUACGGACUGCGCAGCUUGCUUGGCAGCGGCAUGUCGAACAAGAUGUGGGAGUCCACGGUGGAGCACGCCCGGGAGUGCGUGCUGGACGACAGGCUCUACUCCUACUGCAGCGGGCACGGGACCGUCCUCCUGUUCAACUGCGUCUACGAAGUCGUCGGCGUGCUCGUCGGGGGCCACUGCUUCACCUUGAGCGCUCUCACCCCGACACAGAAGGCGCUGGUUGGGCAGCUGCAGCAGGACGCGUACAAGUUCCCGGACCGCAUAGCCGAGUUCAAGGUGCAGUCGCAGAGCGCCGGCGUGGAGCAGCCACCCGCCGCGGUCGAGUCCCCGCCGUCCGUGCCCGGGGCGCAGGUGCUCGGCCUCCCGCACGGUGUCGUCCAGGUCCAGCCCUCAGCAGGCGCGCCGAGUGCCCAUGACCUGCUGCUGAGCCCGCGGCUCCUCCAGCACCAGCAGCAGCCGCUCAGCGAGGCGGCCCUGGAGGACGUGCUGCAGUCGGCCAGCGCCGCGCACCAGCUCGACGCCGCCGAGCCUUGGUUCCCUUCGUUUGGGGCGGGCGGGUUCGAUGCGCGGGACCCGUUCGACGUGCAGUUCGGCGGCGGGUCGCAGCCGUGCGGGCUGCUGCUCUCCAGCACCGGCGCCAGGUUGUGACUUGCGAGGGACGUACGUACGCCUCUCGCCGGGCACGCUGUCUUUUCCAUGUGGUCCGUGGCGUCGUCGCGCGGAACGAGAGAGGACCCGGCCGGGCAACCGGCGCCGGCGUUUUCGGUUGGAUAUAUGACGAAAUCUGCAGGCCGCAGCGGAGCAUGCAUGGGUCGGGUCGGUGCACUGACUGAUUUUCUGUCUGUCCGCUAACAGUCACAGGUCGGUGCUGUUUGUCUGAGGAUGCCUGUGUUGCCCAGAGGAAAGGCAAAGCUGGUGCAGAGAGAAGAUACAGUACAGUGGUGACUGGUAGUGCAGCUGGUGGUAGGAUCAGAUGUCAUCUUUUGUCAUUUUGGCAUGUAACGUGAGUGAUGAGUAAUGAGAAGAGCACAGUUCUGGCCGUUCACCAGAGACUCCCUUCCCAUGUCUGUAAAAGCAUAGAAGCGUGCCUUUUGUUUUCUCCCUUUUCUUUUGCUUGUUCAUCGUAAAGAUAUUGUACGUAGUGCUUGGUAUUACACACUUCUCUUCGGUUUGUACAAGCUCGUUUGCAUCAACCACGGUUAAAAUGAA